GCUGGUAGCGGUGCGCGGCUCGGAGCGGGAGCCAAUAUGGCGGCCGAGCGCAAGACGAAAUUGUCCAAGAACCUGCUGCGCAUGAAGUUCAUGCAAAGGGGCCUGGACUCAGAGACCAAGAAACAACUAGAAGAGGAAGAAAAGAAAAUAAUUAGUGAAGAGCACUGGUAUUUGGAUUUGCCAGAGCUUAAAGAAAAAGAGUGUUUCAUAAUAGAAGAGCAGAGUUUCUUAUUAUGUGAAGAUCUUCUCUAUGGAAGAAUGUCAUUCAGAGGAUUUAAUCCUGAGGUUGAGAAAUUGAUGCUCCAGAUGAACGCUAAGAACAAGGUGGAAGAAGUUCAAGAUGAAGCAGUGGAGCUCGAUGUGUCAGAUGAAGAAAUGGCCAGAAGAUAUGAGACCUUGGUGGGGACAAUUGGAAAAAAGUUUGCCAAAAAAAGAGACCGUGCCAGUUAUGAAGAAGAUGAAAAUGGACACAUAAAACCAACAGUUAAAGUAAAGAAGAUGUUUCUAAAGCCCCAGGAUUAAAGUAGAUGCUUUGAGACAGAGCUCAGGGAAGCUUCGUGAGAGUUAGCAUGUUUUGGAACUCAUUCUGAUGGCUUCUCUCUAAUUAUUAAUACUAUAAUGUUUAUUUGUAAAGAAGUAGACAGUUUUGGAAAGAUGCCAUUUUUGAAACACGUGUGGUGGAUGUUAUACAUCCUUUGCUUAAUGGUGUUCCUCAGGACGGGAUUUUUAGCCCUCGAUCUUCAAAUGUACAGAGGUAUGUGGUUGCUUCCUAAUUAAAGAUCUUUUUGACCACAGAUUUUUUUUUUUAAUAGAGCUUUCUAGUCACUGACCUUGAAUUGACAUACAUAAAUUAAUCCAGUGUUUAAGUUGCCCUUAUGUUUAUAUUUUACUUUAAAUUAUUAAUCAUGCCAAGCCAAUAUAUUCAUAUAUUUUGGAAUCAGAUGUCAUGAGGACUUAUCAUAUGUAAAUUCAUCAAGAGCAAACGUACCACUCCAGCCCAAAGUACUAGCAUGCUGCCAGGUCAUUGUUAGUUUGUGGAAUUGUGGGGUUUUGUUUAAGGCUUUUAUUAAUAAAAAUUGUUCUGUAAUAAA